UCCGGCUCGUGCGUCCACUCCGCACGUCCAAUUUUCAACUUAACACACGUGUUACACAUCCAGUAUUUUAUGUUGCAAGUGCGUGGAAAGUGGUCCAUCACGCACGCGUCGCGUGCGUAUAAUGGGCCAUUUUCUAUGCACGUGUGACAUAAACAUAUUUUUUUUAAACUAUCAUUUUUUUGGCUUCUUAUAAGAAUACAAUGUACCGUUCGCAAUUAAAAUAUUCAUUUCUGUGCAUUUACUCAUUGACAUUUAUAUCGAUACAUUAUUUAUAUACAAAUAAAUGCUACAGAAAGUAGAAGAGUAAUGAGAAGUAAUUUUGCGAAACUUCGUUGAAACAUUUACAGAAUAUAAUUAUACCGCGGUAUCUAGGAUAAGUCUGGUGUGUGGGAUCUGGGCUCACUGUAGGGGCCCAAAAUGUAUAUAUAUUUUUUCUGUUAAAACAAUAAACCGCGCUGUAUGUGCAGCCCCUAGCGUACUUAUUCAUCUAACAGAGACCGCACUUUUUUUUCCGCGCACUUUCUUCUUCAUUUUCACAUAUGUCGUGGUCUCGGUUUUCAUAUUAAUUUAUUCUACCGCGUACUUUAUAGUAUCUCAUUUAUGUUCUUCGAGAAACGUAUGUAUUUCUCCAAAACUUGCUAUUCAGUCAUCAGUGCCGCUUCGUUUUUACGCGGAUCCCACCGCGCGCAUGGAAGUCUUCCGUUUCAUCCCCUCGUAUCCCUCCCACCUACUACCUGACCUAUCUAUUUUCUCGGCGCCGUCCUCCUCAUCUCCGUGGGUGGAGACAAAGUGAUAGCCGGGGACCAGUCAUGCUCGCCGCCGAAGGCGGAGUUCCUCCGGCGUGACACGAUGAGCGAUCGCGCCGGAGGCCUUCUUCUUCAGACGGGUAGUAACAUUCGGAGAGGAUGGGCGAGUGAAGGAGAGGGAAAAACAGUGAGAAACAGAGAGAGGGAGAGAGAGAGGGAGAGAUAAAGCCAGAGAGGAAGGGAUGGGACUGAUGGGAGAGAGACGCCGCGACAUCGUGCCGACGGCCGACGUCCGCGACAUACUAGAGUAACUAGAGACGCUCAUACGGCUCAUUCGGGGAUUCUCUUCUUCGCCGACGUUCGCCGGUUUUCACGCGGCCGGAUUUUGUUCGUCGUGAUUUCGAUAUUCACGCGGCCCCGCGCGCGCGGCCGUCUAAUAUGGCCUAAUCGUAUCGAGACGAUCGCGCAUCGUUCUCCAUCGUAACACGUGACACCCGCGUAUCGGUGAUCAAACGGAUAAGUGGAUGGGUGCGAACAGUCGCGGUGGUUCCGUGCUCCGUACCUGGCAGCACCAGCACCAGCACCAGCAACAGCAGGCUGGGCAGCAGUACAAACACCUGUCUUCAGUGUCUUCGGCACGCGCGCGGGACCUCGAGGACGCCCGAUGCGCUGAGAGGACGAACGGAGCGGGCGGAGGUAUGCGCGGCGCGGCGACGGUGCCGCAACCGCCGACGCCGGCGUCCCAGUGCGUGACGGCGCACACGGGCGCUUACUUUAUCCUGCACAACAAUGGGAUCCAGGGUGUCAACGACGGCGCCGGUGCCGUCGUCGGCGCGGUGGCGCACAACGGCGAGGGCAACCCGGACGGCAGGUCCUCGAUGGGGCAUCAUUACGCGGGUCGCUACACGCCGCCCGCGUCACACCUGAUGGACCUGAGCGGUCCCCCGGAUCACCAGCAGCAUCAUCAGCACGCGCACCAUCACAACCUAUCGUCGUCCGCCUAUCAUCAUCCGCACAGUCAGGUCGCGGUCGAGUACAACGAGCUGAAUCAUAUGAUGUUCAAGAAUCCGGAGGAGACGCGAUACCACCCUCAUCAUCCCCAUCACCAGCCCCGGGACCAGCUGGAGUACGACCAGCGGCUCCACUCGACCGACAAUUCGCCCGAGUUUCUCUCGGAUUACAGCAGGGACCACGAACAGCAGAGCCUGUGCCUGACGCCGUCCUCGCAGAGCGUGUACUCCCCAAGCGGCUGCGGCGGCGGCGCCGACGAGAUGGUCGCCCCUAACUCCGUUCAAUCGGUCCACGGCCAGACCGGGUCCUACGUGGACAUGGCGGAGUACAAGCCGAACGUGAUGGAGGAGAGAAUGGUCGCGCGAUACGGUUGUGAACAACAGGCCGCGGAGCUCGGCCACGCGACCGAGCCGUCGUCGUCGUCGACGACGACGACGACCAAGGGUUACGGCGACAGGGAGGGCUGCGUCAGGACGACCGUCAGGAGGAAGAGGCGGCACAGCGGCAACAACAACAGCAACAGCAGCGGCAACGGUUGCUGCAGCAACAGCAACGAGUCCGACGGCGAGAGCUCGACGGCGGCCUCGACGACGAGGACGAAGGUGCGACGCAAGAACGAUCAGGAGCUCCAGAAUCAAAGGGCGAUGGCGAACGUUCGGGAACGGCAGCGGACGCAGAGCCUGAACGACGCGUUCGCCGCGCUCAGGAAGAUCAUACCGACCAUGCCGAGCGACAAGCUCAGCAAGAUCCAGACGCUCAAGCUCGCCACCAGGUACAUCGACUUCCUGUUCCACGUGCUCAAGAGCAACACCGAGAACCUCGAGUACAUCGAGAACGCAGAGAUGAACGCCCAGAACGCAAUUUUGUCUGCGAAGGAGGUCGUGUCGUCGUCGUCGUCGAGUAAUUACAUAGCGCACGAGAGACUGUCGUACGCAUUUAAUGCCUGGAGAAUAGAACGUGAUUGGAACUCCUCUACGUAGGACAUAGGAUAUAGUGCUAGGAUAAAAUUACGUUAAAAUUUAAUGAGGUAAGAUGGCGAGAGACCAGGAACAUCCUCGAAUCCAAUUCGAGAAUAUUUUGCUCAUCUCGAGAAAAAGGAUGUACACAUAUGCAUAUAUGCUCCCUACACGCACGCACACAUACAUACAUACACGCAAUAUGCAUAUAUAUAUAGAUAUAAAUAAUUUAAAAAUGGUUUGAGAUAGAAAUUGUGUGCGGCGCGUGUAUUAUAAUUAUAAAUUAUAUUUUUUUAUACCAAAGAAAGUUACAAAUAAAUUAUUUUUUACUAAGAAAAAAUAAUGUGCAGAGUGAGGCAUUUAACUAAUAAUAAUUCAAGAUAUUCUUGUUAUGCGUGAAAUUACUGAAAAAUAUUUUGAAUGUGAAAAAUUUUACAGUGUCGGGAGAAAAUAUGACGGGUGAAGUGAAUUUUUUAUAGAAGGCAUUUUUAUUGUAAAAUAUUUGCGUCACUGAUAUUCUUUUAGAUAUCCUCCAGUCAUUCUUACAUAUGAAAGUAUUAUCAAUGAUAACAUGUAUUACAAUAUACAAAGUAUUACAUGAAAGUAUAAUCAAUCAAUAGUCAAUAUAAAAUAAGAAACAAUUUUUUGAAAAGUAAAUAGUUUAUGAGACAUUUUAUACUUUUGUCGUAUUUUGAUAUAAGGUAUGAAAUAUCUCGUAAAAUAUUUAUUUUUUACGAUCUGACUUAAUUUUAACGCACAGAAUAAUGAAAUAAAUUAGUUGGCGUAAACACAAUACUUUUCAAGAAAUAUAUAUAAUUGUAAAUUAAUCAGCAUAAAGAUAUUGAAAUCAGGUCUUCGAGAAAAAUGGAUACUUUACCGAGACAUUUCCCUUCCCGUGAAACUUUCAUUCAAAAUAUUUUCCAGUUAUUUCACACAUAGCGAUAACUAUUUUAAAUCCAAGUCGAAUGCUCCACUCGGUAUCGAAUAGCGCGUAGGAUUAAAAUGUCGCUGCGGCAUUUGCGCUUCGAGAUUCUCGCUUAGUUUCUCUUUACGGGUUCCAUUAUUUUCAGAAUGAAGCUUCACGAUUUACAAAGUAAAAUCCAAGACACUCUGCGUGAUUCCUGCGAAUUGAAAGCGAGUCGAAAAAAACAGACAAUGUUCGUGCGGCUCGCAUCAUCAUCCUGGUCCGGUGAGACUCGCGGAUCGGAGGGGGCCAGUUCGCGCGCCUCGAUGGGACAAUCCCGCGUGCGGCGGGACCGUUGUCCCGCGGAUUGAUCCUACCGGGGAUAAUAACACGCGUGGCGCGCGUCUCUUUCCGCCGCGGCCUUUGAAACCCAAUUCACGACAGUUAAUUCUGUCCCGGCUGAUUCCCGGCGACGACGCGGCAUCGCUCGCUCGCUCGCUCGCUUGCCCGCUCGCGGUAACGCAGGCUAAUAAUUCACGUCUUCUCGUCGGACUAUUAACGGCGCGACAGCUCGAACUCGGCCGCGCCGAUACCGUCGCAAAGCGCGCGCUUAUUAGCCCGCGCCGCGCGUUACGCACCUGCAUCAAUCAGCGAAAUUACAUCUUGUGUGUGAUCCUCCUUUCCAUACUAUUUCUUCUCGUUGGAUACCGAACGACGUUACGUAAACUCGGACCGAACUUCUUUUCCCGAAUUCCCGGAGUAAAGCGCGCCGAUUUUAGCGGUCGGAGCGGUUUCGUUCGCGGACGAGCGACGACGGACCGGUCGAUCAUCGUCGGGGAUUCCCCCGCGUCCAUUUUCCGUUUUGACUACCUCUCGAGUGCGCGUUGCAGCCCGUUAACGGCGGAUUUACGAGCGUUUACCCGGUCUGUCCAAACAAUCUCCGCGCGGCGAUUUAUCGAGUCUCAUAAGCCUCGGCCUCGCGCGGCGUUUCGCCGCGAAUUCUCGCCGAUAAAACGCCUCGGCGUAAACUCGCGCAACUGAACGCGGCGAGUAUCUCUCGUUUUAUUCGGGCGUAAAACAUUUGUGUAACAUUUCGAAUGAUGUUCUGAUAUAUCGAGGUAAUCCCGGAUAAAAUGCAAAUACUUGCAAUGCUGAUUUCAUCCAAGAAACGGGAUACGAGCGCGUCAUUCGUGCUCAAUUGCUCAUCUACGAAGAGGAGAGAUAGAGAGAGAGAAGUCGGUCGCGCAUCCACUAAAUAUUAAUCGCCGGAUCGUUCCUUAAGGAAAUGAGAAAGAGUUAACGAGCAUUUCGGCGCCCAUCGGUCGGGCACAAUAUUAUUUUUUUCUCCCGAGAUGACAGUCGCGGGGGCUCCCUCGUCGCGUAACGCGCAUAAAAUAACCGCCGCGCCGCGCCGUGAAUAUUCCGAAUGGCGUUAGUUAUUUUAAACCGGUCAAAGCAAACUUUCGGCCGCGUUUUAAACCGCUUAACGAAGACGCGCCGCGUUGAAGAGCCGUCCUUUUCCACAUUCCCUUCUCCCCUGCGCUUUAUCGCGGCAGCGAAUCUUCGCGGAAAAAAAAAAUCUCGCGAUCAAGACGGAGAGAGAAAGAGAUUCGGUCGAGCGGAUCUCAUAUAUGAACUUGCGUCGCGUUAAGAAAUGUAUUCUUAUAAUUUUCGGAAUGAUCGUGUAAGGUUUCCGAAAACGUAUUUUUAGAAUCGCGAGCGGAUCUAACAUAGCUAAUCUAAUCACGCUUGACGCUACGGAUUAUGACGGACGAGGUAAUCGCGAAAUAUAUUACGGGCGAAUAAAUAUCACAAGUUCGCCAAGUUCUGUCAUUAACAUCAUUAUCUCAUUCGCGCACCUUCUGCGUCGCUCAUCCCCUUUCCUUCCCCGCGUUCCGCGAUUAACCGAGACCUAGCGGACGCUGAAUCCGGGGCUCCCUCGCUAUUCCGCUAACGUUAAUUGGGCCGGUAAAAACAUUUAUCUACGUUUCGGCCGGGGCGACAGUCCUGGAGAGAAUCUCGGCAGCGGGUCUCGAAAGCGGCGGCCGCGUGCGCUCUCCCGUGCCUCUGUGCUUUUUAUUCGUCGCGCAACGCGCCGGUGCCGCGACCAUAAAUCUCUUUGAAUUCAAUUAGCCAAGACACAUCCGAGACGUUCGGCGUCCCUUCGUCUUCCUCCCGCCUCUCCGGCGGGGCCUUUUCGGGCAUCUCCCCCCCCCCGUUCGAUGACGCUUCUCGACCGUGCUGCAAAAACAAACCCGAUGCGUCCGUUCCCGUCGACGGGACGGACGUCACCCGAUCUAAGGCCGGAAUUGACCAUUGAAAAUCCGUCUCGAUAAUCCGGGUCCUGUCAUCAAUUUAUCAAUAAUCCACCGUUGAUUUUUUCAGCGGAUUUGCCCAUUCGAGAGCGGCCGGAACUUCGCGGCCUUAACAAACAAAUGUCGAGAGACUGAGAUUCUCUAAUUUUACUUUCUCGAGAGAGUGCCCGCUGGAUUCUGCGAAAUCAAUCAGGCCCGAUAAUUUUUCGAACGUUUCCCCGAUGGUUCCCUCGGGAGAGCCCGGAGCUAGGAGAGUGCCGGACUCCUCCUAUAUGCCUCCGUAACGUGAUGGCAGAAAAGAAAGACGUCGAGAAUGACCGUGACAGCUGCUUUACAUCGCGGGAACCCUAGACAACGAGCUGUGCAGCGAAUCCAAGGACGAUCCGAAAGAGCUUCCCUCCUCCUCCUCUUUCUCCUACGGUCUCUCCUUCCUUUCCGACCUCCUCGUUUCUUUCUCGCGUUAGUAAUUGCCGGUAUCCCCAAAAAUAAUUUUCACAUGCGAGCGAGCGAGCGAGCGAACGAAGGCUCAUCUGUCACGACGUUGACAAAACGCGUUCACUGUGUAUCUAUGAAACGUUUUUUUUUUUUUUUUGAGGAUCCUAUCGUCGUAAUCGACGUCGUCGCGCCGGCGAUUGCGAGAAGAUUUUGGACUUUUCGCAGGAAAAACUCCAAAUGUGUCUUGUACAUUUAUUAUAUAUGAAUCGUUAUUUAAAAGGAAGAAAAAAAGGAUAGUUUAGAAAAACUUGUCGUUAUAGUAUCUUACAUUAUAGUAUUAACUGCUUCGAGGAAAGAAAGGAAAUCGUUUCGCGUAACUUCCAAAUAAUAGUUUCGUAUACUGUUAGUAUGAGAGCUAUUAUUUAACCGGAAAAAAGGAAAUAUAAGAGAAUUGCUUAUACAGAUUUAAUUGUCUCGAGGAAAGGUCCCGCGCGUUACUUCCAGACAAUGCCGUAUACUUGUAUUAGUACGGACUACUAUUCAAAAGGAAAAAUUUAGUUUAAAGACACUGCUUGUGUAUCAGUUUAAUCGUUUUUCCCUUGAGGAAAGGCUAUUAUUCGGAUAACGGUGCCGUGUACUUUUGCUAGACGAUAAAGCAGCUGUUUUGUUAUUUUUCGAGAUUUUCUUUGCCGAAUUACCAAUUUUAUAUAGAUUUAAUUGUCUCGAGAAAAGGCCCUGUGUGCGUAACUUCCAGACAAUAAUUCCGUGUAUUUGUAUUAGUAUGGACUACUAUUCAAAAGAGAAAAGAUAGUUUAGUUAAACAAACUGCUUGUAUCAGUUUGAUUGUUUUUCCCUUGAGGAAAGGCUAUUAUUCGGAUAACGGUCCCGUGUACUUUUGCCAAACGAAUGCAACUAGAGAUUUAUAUAAAGCAGCCGUUAUUUUUCGAGACUUUCUUUGACGCUGCCGCGGUUUUAUUUACCAAAUUUCUGAUCUUUGAUAUGAAACAGAAUCCAUGUUAAAAUACAACGGGCACGAUAAAGCGACGAAAAAUAUGACGUACGGACUGCGUUCCUUGAUAUAGACAUAUAUAUAAGCUUCGGCGACAGCGCGACUUCCGAAGGUCUCGCAAAAUCAUCGCUGUGGCUGCUUUGUGCAAAACCGUCGUAUCUUUUCGUUCGGCCAAGGCGCACGGAAUUGUUAUCGCGCGUAUAUUUUAUAUAUGCACGUAACACAGAGCUAUAUAAUUUACGACUUCACACGAGACAGGCAGGAAGGAAGCGAUCCCAAAUGCGCGGCGAUCUCGCCUUGCCUUGGCUCGUCCGUAUCACGCAGCUCUCUGCUAUGAUAUAGAAGAGAUAUACAUUUAUUUUCGUUGCGACGUUACGCAAGCUGUAACAUUUAUUUUCGUUGCGAAAUAAGAAUGCUGUGAAUUCACGUAGGCUCUCUUGUACGGUUCGGUCCGAACGUACGUUUUUUUUUUUCGUAAUGUGAAGGCGCGACAAAACGAAUCUUACGAUUCGAUGUGGAACUCACAACCACGUGGCCGGAUAAAUGCAAUAAUUUAUUCAUCCUGUGGUAUAUCGACAUCGACGCGAACCUGCGAGUGCUGUGUGUGUCACGCAUUGUCAUGUUAAAUCGGUGCGAAAGGUUCGUCGUUUCUCUAUAUCGAAAGCUUUGCAUCAGGUGAAGACCGGAAACACUUUCUGAAAAGGAGAUUGAAAAGAUUCUAGAAGAAAAAGAAAAAGAAGCCUACAAUCUCUUGCUUCGAUUUUGCUGAAAAAUCGCGUUUUCGACUUUAUUUGACAAACACGACGAACCUGCCGCGCCAAAUUUGACACGUAUCUUUCCUUGCUUAUGUAUAUACGCGUUACAACGUAACACGAUCGAUAGAUAAGUGCUCUGUAAAUAAUCGUGUGAUAGAUUUUUAACGGCGACUUUAAGCGAGACGACAUCUCGGUAUCCAUUCCCUCGACUCGAUGCUACCUUGCAUUUUGCUUAUUUAUCCGAGCGAUCUCUCCCUUCGCUCGCGCAUUUUUUAUGUACAGUAUUUUUAUACUGUCGCGAUCACUGCGAUAAAUGCAAAAAUAUAGAAAGGAAUUCUAAGCAAUUGAGCGACAACAAUGAAUAAUAAAGGAACUGUGAACACAGAUAUA